AUGGGUCCCCCAGGACAAGGAGGACCCCCUGGGUCUCCGGGUCUUCCUGGCUCUCCUGGCCGCUGUGUGGAUGGCCCCAAAGGAGACAGGGGACCCUGCGGACCCCCUGGAUCUGCAGGACCCAAGGGCUUACAGGGCCCCCGAGGGCCCACAGGAGAGGGGCUCAAAGGAGACAGGGGGGAAAAGGGUAUCCCAGGAGCACCCGGUGUUCGUGGGUAUAAAGGAGACACCGGACUGAAAGGCUUACCAGGGUCAGGAGGUCAACCAGGGUUUCCUGGAGAGAAAGGUGACAUGGGACGAGAUGGUGAUCUAGGACCCACCGGUCAGAAAGGGGGCUCUGGACUUCCAGGAACACCAGGAUGUGCCGGAAGAAAAGGACAACCUGGAACUAAAGGAGCUAAAGGACUAGAUGUGCUGGAACUAGUGAAGCUGGUACCAGGAGACCCGGGUCCACCUGGAUGCACAGGGCCAAGGGGAGAACCAGGGAGCGUUGGACCACCAGGACCACCUGGACCACCAGGAGUUCUAGGCACUAAAGGCUAUCAAGGUAGAGCAGGAUUCAAAGGUCUGCCUGGAUAUCCUGGAGAGACUGGAGACAGAGGGUUACCAGGCAGGCAAGGGCCUGCAGGCUAUUCUGGCCCUAAGGGUCAGAAGGGCCCGAAGGGGAUUCGUGGCCCAGUGAAACAUGGUGUGACUGGAGACGGCUUCCUGUUCACCCACCACAGUCAGAAGGAUUCGAGUCCAUACUGCCCCGCCGGAACCACGCAGCUUUAUACUGGCUACUCCCUGCUCUUCAUCAACGGCAACAACAGAGGGCAUGGACAAGAUCUAGGCACGCUGGGCAGCUGUCUGAUGCGCUUCUCCAGCAUGCCGUUCCUUUUCUGCAACACGGAUAACACGUGUCGCUACGCUUCCCGAAAUGACUACUCCUACUGGCUGUCCACUGACCAUGCAAUGCCCAGCGACAUGGCCCUCAUCUCUGGCCCGGCGCUAGAGAAAUAUGUCAGCAGGUGUGUUGUAUGUGAGGCAAAGGCGAACAUCAUCGCUGUGCACAGUCAGACGAGCCUGGUCCCAGACUGUCCUUCAGACUGGGUGUCCCUGUGGCAGGGAUACUCCUUUGUCAUGCAACUGGGUGCUGGUGCUGAGGGCUCAGGUCAGCCUCUGGCGUCUCCUGGCUCGUGUCUGGAGCACUUCCACAGGAUUCCCUUCAUCGAGUGCCACGGUCGGGGCACGUGUAACUACUACACCGACUCCUACAGCUACUGGCUGGCCUCUCUAGACCCAAACAACAUGUUUAGUAAACCAACUCCACAGACGGUGAAGGACACCCCUGGCAACCUCAUCAGCCGCUGUAGAGUCUGCAUGAAGAACUAGUCCAGGGGUCAGAGGGCAGAGGUCACUGCCCACUGCAACAGACUUACACACAUA